CGUUUCAUUCGUCUUCGGUGCACCGGUGCGAUCAGAUCGCUCCGCCUCGUGAUCCCACGUGAUAGCGUUUUGUGUUCUCCAGUUUCCAGUGGUUGUGUUCGAGUUGUUCGAGUACUGUCCCCAGCAAACCAGCAGCAACAUCAUCUUUGGCAUCGGCUACCAUUGUAUGGCCCAUCGCCCCGUCAGUGCAAUGUCUCGUCAAGAAUCGGAAAUGAUUAACCGCAGCCGGCGCGCCCUGUCCUCCGGCACGCUGACGGACUCGAUCGAGAAGCUGCGCCACAUGUGCCUGGCCCGUGGUGCAUCGGGCAUUCUUGGUCUCGGUCGUUGCUUCCGUCGCAUGGACGACGAUGGUAACAAGCAGCUGAAUCUGGAGGAGUUCAUCAAGGGCCUGCACGAUACCGGGCUCGAUAUUUCGACCGAGGAAGCUACCGAUAUGUUUAACAAGUUCGACACAGAUGGGAGUGGUUCGAUCAAUAUGACCGAGUUCCUGGUUGCGAUCCGUCCCAACAUGUCCGAGUCCCGGGUUAGCAUCGUGACCCAGGCGUUCGCCAAGCUGGACAAAACGGGCGAUGGUUCGAUUACGAUCGAUGAUCUAAAGAACGUGUACUCCGUGAAGAAUCAUCCGCUGUACAUUAGCGGAGAGGAAACGGAGGACGUUAUUCUGCGGAAGUAUUUGGCCAACUUCGAAGAGAACGGCAACGUGGAUGGCAUCGUGACGAAGGAGGAGUUCCUGAACUACUAUGCCGGGUUGAGCGCAUCGAUCGACUCCGAUGCUUACUUUGAUCUGAUGAUGCGUCAAGCGUUCAAGCUCUAAAGUGUAGACGAACGGACACAGUCACGCACCAGGGAACCCCUGCAAGAGAGAGAGAAAGUACGAUCAAGCUGGAGAUCGAGCUGGGGACCUCUUCUUUUUAUGCGCAUAUACGUUUUCUACGUCUAACCAACAAUGAAUGAGUGCAACAGACAUCACACACAUGACAAACUGCCUUAGAGAAGAUAGUCGAAGAGGGAAGAGCGAUAGAGCGGCCGGGAUGCCGGACAACAAACCAAAGCCUGGUGAAGCCAACAUUGUGAAGCGAGGCAUCCGGUGCACGGAAUGAGAGGCGACGGCAAGGGGAUUUAUCAAAUAAUGUUUCGAUACUAAAACCAGUGCACGCCGAGAGUGUUUCCUCAACAAAAAAACAAAAACAGCAAAAAAUCCUUCAAUAAAACAGUCUUAAGUUCACAUAAGACGCUCG